CGAAAGACGUUUGAACACUUUCACGAGAUACGUCCGAUAUACUUGUAUGAUUGUAGCGCAUUUAUUUUCCUGAUAAAAUUAUGGAACGCUGGCGAGGUCGAACGGCCCUAGUUACCGGUGCUUCAUCCGGUAUUGGCUACGCCAUCGCCGAAGCGUUAGCGCAGAAAGGAGUGAAAGUCAUCGGUUGCGCCAGAAACAUCGCGAAAAUUCAGGAAAUUGCCAAAAAAUACAAGGGGGGACCCGGGUACCUGGAAGCCAUCCAAUGUGACAUCAGCAAACCUGAACAUAUCUCGGCAAUGUUCGAGCAGAUUGUGAAGCAGCACGGGUAUGUGGACGUUCUCGUGAAUAAUGCUGGUCUAAACCAUAUGGAUACGUUGAUGGCGGGACGAACCGAGAAGUGGCGCGAAAUCUUUGAAGUAAAUGUCCUCGGACUGUGUAUCUGCGCCCGGGAAGCGCUGAAGCUGAUGCAGAAUAAUGGAAUCAUGGACGGCAGUAUCAUUAAUAUUAACAGUUUAUCCGGCCAUGCGGAAUUUCACUUCCCAGAAACGCACUUUUAUUCUGGAACCAAGCAUAUGGUCACUUCGCUAACGGAGUCACUGCACCGUGAAGUUCGUGCCAUGGAACCGAGAAACAGCAUCAGAAUAACGGAUAUAAGUCCUGGAAUUGUUAUUACGGAGAUUACGGAUAGAUCGGCGAGUGACGUGGAUCAUGCAGUGAAACCACCCGCUGCUUUUACCGCCCAAUACCAGAAAUUGGAUGCCAGCGACAUUGCGGACUGUGUCGUGUACGUGUUGUCGGCGCCACAACAUGUCAAUGUUAAAACUCUCAUCGUAUGCCCCACGCAGCAGCCAGAAUUGUAGGCUGGUAUGAACUAUGGACACUCUGACAGUACG